AUGCAACGAUGUCUUAAUGAUCCAUAUUGGUUUCAAGCUGAUUUUUUUCAUCAUUUCAAUCCAUCUCUAUACAGAACACAGUCAUAUACUUUUAUUACUGGUAUCCGGGUGUCUGGUCAACCAAUACUCGUCACUGAGCACGAUUUGCUUCAAUUCAAAUCAGAUAUUGGCCACCUGGCCAAAGAACGAACACGACUGGAAUCGUUAAUAUCAUCUGAGUUGGUAUUUGCCUUGAGUUAUCCCGAACGUGAAUUACGUAAAGAGCAUACUGAAGCUUGGAAUUUCUUGUGGACAUCAGGGAUAACUAUUAGUCAUUCAUAUGCUCCUGGGGCUGUAAACGCUAAAGAUAUCAAUACAACAUUAUAUUACCUUGCAUCAAAUACUCCAGACUUAUUGUCAACCCAACCAUCACUGAACAAUUCAGCAAUAAAUGAGUAUCAAGUUCGAUACAGAGAUUAUGAUCGGUGUUUUCAAGGGACACAUACUUUACAAACAAAUUCAUUAUGGCAACCUGUCAUAUCACUUUCAUCUAUGCAUUAUUUAAUGCGAUUAUGGCAUCGUACAUUAAUUGAUGGUGGAUGUGAAAAAUUACUGCAAUCUGGUGUUUACGGUGUUCAUCAGGCUGUACUUCGUAGUAUCGGUUCAUUCUACGUAAGCCACGAUCAUAUAUCAUUUAAUUAUCCAUCAGAUUCAUUGUAUCGUGAUAUUUUAUUCCGUCGAAUUCAAUUGAAUAAACCAGGUGUUUAUGCAAAUUUUGAAAUACGUUUAUUAUCUCGUGAAGGCAGUAUCAGUUCGCCACAUUUGAUGGCUGUUGAAUUAUCUGUAUGGCGUUCUCCAAGCCUUAUAACACAAUUAUCCGCAUCAUUAUCUAGUCACUUAAUGACAGAUGUGCACGAAAAUAAUAACUACAUUCAUCAGGCUACAAGUUUCUUCAGUAAGCUCGAAAAUGAUGCAUUUAAUAGUUCACUCUAUGUUUGUCCAGCUGCUUGUCAUUCAACAACACCAGUUCUAGUAAAAACUACUAGGCUUGUCGUGCCAUUCAUCAUAAGUAUACCACCUACAGCCUUAAUGUAUCUUGGAACUGAUCCCAGUGGCCUCACAAAGUACAUCCAAACUUUACAUUUUGUUGAAGUAUCUACCGGUCCAGCACCCAGACAUGAUAUAAUAACAUUACACAGAUACGGCCAUGCAUUCGGUGGUUUACCAUGGCUUUUUUGGAUCACUUUAGUUCUGUUGAUCGCUAUUUUUCAUAUGUUUUUCUGUAAAAUAAUAUACAACGAACUACGUAGUAAGAAUCAGGAGUCUGGACUUCGAAAUUCCUGGAAACUACCACGCUAUGCAUCUGACUUGAUUUUAUCAACAGACUCCGACAUCAGAGACACUCGAAUAUCAAGGAGAAGAGUAACUGAGUUAGACAUUGUCCCAUGA